AUGGCGUCCCCCGACCCCGAAAAGGCGGUCCCACCCGGCGUCGGCGCUGGCGCAACAAACCACCACCACCAGCACGCCGAGAACAACGGGAUGAAUACAAUCAUCGACGAAAAUGGACACGAACAAGCACCGCACCAUGGCAUGUCAAUCGGGCAGUACAUUAAGACGCGCUUCACGACGCUGAAGCCGGCUAUGCGACCGGCGCCGAACCCGAUCAGGAUCUUGAGGAUGAUUACGGGACGGCAGUGGGCUUUCUUUGGGGUUGCUUUCUUUGCUUGGACAUGGGACGCCUUCGACUUCUUCACCGUCUCCCUCACCGUCGAAGAGCUCGCCGAAGCCUUCGGCAAGACCAACACCGACAUCACAUGGGGCAUCACCCUUGUUCUCAUGCUGCGCUCCAUCGGCGCCAUUUCGUUUGGCAUUGCGGCCGAUCGGUACGGAAGGAAGUGGCCGUUUGUGCUUAACAAUUUGCUUUUUAUUGUUUUGGAGUUGGGCACCGGCUUCUCCCAAACCUACUCCCAAUUCCUCGCCUGCCGCUCCCUCUUCGGCAUCGCCAUGGGCGGUCUCUACGGCAACGCCGCCGCCACCGCCCUCGAAGACCUUCCCCCCGCCGCCCGCGGCCUGAUGUCCGGCCUCCUGCAACAAGGUUACGCCUUCGGCUACCUGCUCGCCGCCGCCUUUACGCGGGGCCUGGUCAACACCACCUCGCACGGCUGGCGUCCGCUCUUCUGGUUCGGCGCCUGCCCGCCCGUCUUGAUUAUUGGAUUGAGAUUGAUGCUUCCGGAAACGGAGAUUUACGAGCAACAUGCUUCUGUUCGCCGGACGGCCAGGGCUAAUGGACAGGAUAAGGGCGGUGGGGUGUCAGCUACGUUUUUGAGGGAGGGCAAGGUAGCCCUCAAAAAACACUGGUUGAUUCUGAUCUAUCUGGUGCUGCUGAUGGCAGGAUUCAACUUCAUGUCCCACGGCUCGCAAGAUCUCUACCCCACCAUGCUCAAGUCGCAAUACUCCUUCAGCGCCAACGCGGUAACCGUCACGCAGGUAGUCGCCAACCUCGGCGCCAUGUCGGGCGGCAUCCUGGUCGGAUAUGUGUCCCAGAUCUUCGGUCGCAGGAUUUCGAUAAUCGUCAUGUGCGUCAUCGGCGGCGCUUUACUCUACCCAUACACCUUUAUUUCCAACAAGAAACUCAUCGCCUCGGCCUUCUUUGAGCAGUUCGCCGUGCAAGGAGCGUGGGGCGUUAUUCCCAUCCACCUGAUGGAACUUUCGCCCGGAGCAUUCAGGACGUUUGUCGUUGGUACCUCCUACCAGCUCGGAAACUUGGUGAGCAGUGCCAGUUCGACGAUCGAAAGUACCAUUGGCGAACGCUUCCCUCUUGCCAAGAAUGGAGGCAAGGUGGAGAGGUAUGAGUACGGCAAGGUGAUCUGUAUCUUUAUGGGGUGUGUUUAUGCGUAUGUCAUACUCCUCACGUUGGUGGGGCCGGAGUAUUUGGGGAGGAGCUUUGAUGUGUCGGAGGAUGAGGAUGUGAGGGAGGUGGCGGGGGAGGAGACGGUGAGGGGGGCCGUGGCUGCGCGGCACCAGCAGGGGCAUGGACAUGCAGAUGAUGGUGAAAGGGGUGGUUAUGGAGGGGAUGGGGUGGGGAGUGGAAGUGAAGGUGGCGAAGGUGUUGGGGGGAAGGCGCAGAGGAACGAGGUUGAGAUGGCUUAG